CUGGAGGUCGCGUUGCUCACAACAAACCGGGCGAAUGAGCGCGCGUCGCGGACGAGUAGCCUCGACUGCUCUCCACCAGUGCUGUACGUGUAAAUCCGUUCCACUGCUCGUGUUUUUGCUGGCGGAGCUAGCCGGUUAACCGGGAGACCAGCGAUGAAGAACGAAGCUGAAGAUCUAGAAAGGUUUCUCCAGAGGGUGGACGAGAUAAGUGGUCUGAUGCAGGAGCUCAGCUCCUCCAAUGUGACCCGUCAGAAGGAGGCAGUGGAGAAGGCUGACUAUCUGCUUUCCCUCUGGGAGGACGAGGAACCAUGCAGAACCCGGCUCAACAGGACAGUCAGCAACACCAGGCCGUCAUCACCCAAGAUUGGCCAGGCUGUACUGCCGAAUUUAAACAAUUCGGAUUUAAGCUCAGAGAGCUUCAUGAAGGCUUUAGAAAAAGAUGCAGCGGAAAGAAGCAAAAGGAGGAGAGAAAAUGAAAAGAUAGCUAAUGCAUUCAGGAUGAGCGGUAAUGAGGCCUUCACUCAAGGGGACUAUGAGGCUGCUGUCCAGCAGUACAGUGCAGGCCUGGAUGUCCUUCGGGAUGCUGAGACACUGUACACCAAUAGGGCACAGGCCUUCAUCAAACUGCAAAAAUACAAGGAGGCCAUUAGUGACUGUGACUGGGCACUGAAGUGCAACAAAAAGAGUGUCAAGGCUUACGUUCAUAAAGGAAAAGCAAAUUUGGCGCUUCAGAAUUACACUGAGGCCCGGGCAUGCUACCAGCGGAUCCUGGAAAUUGAACCUGAUCGAGCCGCCAUGGUUCAAGAGUAUCUGACUCGCGUGGACCUGCAGGAGAAGAAGGACAUCCAAGAAAAAGAGGCAUGGGAGCAGCUGGAUAAGGGAAACAAGGGGGCUGUAUGUGUCUGUGAGCUGUUGAAGAAUCUACACAAAAGUGCUGAGACCAUUCAGUACUACUUUGGAGGGGUGGAGCUCUUAACAAAUGCUAUAGUUGACUGUGCCGGCCAAACGCUCUUCAGGCUACACAACGGCUUCAGUAUCAUCAACAACAAUAACACUGUAAGAAGCUGUCUCUCACAGAGUUCAGCAGCACCAUUUAUGGAGGAGCUGUGUGUUUCAGUGCUCAGGCUAUGGACUCAAGUUUGCAGAGGCAAUGAAGAAAACCAGCAGGUGUUAAUACAGUGUCCUAGCAGCAGGGAGCACAUCGUGAACUUGCUUGGGUCUGGAAAAGGUUCAAUACGUGAGGCUUGUUUGGCAUUACUCUGCCUGUACGUAGAGACGCAAUACGGAAGGCAUCUGGUCAUCGAAAACCUGAACAUGCCCAUGUUGGUGGAGAACUUGUGGAAGUGCCUAUCUGGCACACCCUCUUCACAAACCUCAGCACUAGGCAUCCUGGAGCACCUGGCUGAGGAACCCAGAUUUCAGAUUCACAUGAGAAGGAACUUUACAGCAUUAUUUAUUUCUCCUUUUGCACACCUGCUGAGAAAUAUUACAGAAUCGAAUCAGGAAUGGUUUCCUCAACUUGUGUCGGUUAUGGGAAGAAUGGCUACUGAUGAUGUCAUUCGAAAAGAGGCUGCCUGUUGUCUGGAGUGCUGGGAUGCUUUCCUUAUUGCCAUGGAACGGUGUACUGAAGGAAACUACAGAGAUGUGCUGUACAGUCUGCUGGGCCUGAUGAUCAACCUGUCAAGCAAACCCUCUCCUGCUGUGCAGGAGUGUGCUGGCAUGGCUGGCCGGAGAUGCAUGGACCUACUGAGUGACCCUGACGGAGGGAUCAUUACCAGGAGUGCGGGUCUGCUGAGCACACUGCUUCCUCACUCGCCUGCUGCUGCACAGGAAGUCACACAGGCAGGAGCUGUGCAGAAGCUGCUGAAACUACUGAAGGCCCAGAAUGUGGGGCAGACAACCACACGAUUCUCCAUCAAGGCUCUUGCUGUGUGCACUGCCAGAAGUCAGGAUGCCCGUGCCCAGCUGCUGGCCUUGGAUAAGACAGGGAUGCGUGUGUUGAGGAGGCUGCUGGCUGGAUCUGAUGAGGUAGCUAUGGGGAAUGCUGCCCUAUGUCUAGGACACUGCGUGGAAGAACGUGGGGCCGCCAGCGCCCUCCUGGGCUCCGAUGUGGUCCCGCUGCUGCUCCGCUUGGCUGGGGGGGAUGCUGGGGGAGCAGGUGUGCAGCAGAAUGGUGCUGUUGCUCUGGGGAAGCUGUGCAAUGCAGAGCCAAGGUAAGCCCCCAAUCUGCAGAAUGACAGCUCCUUUUCAAGGGUGUUAAUGGGGAUUAAUCUGCCUCAUGGGUCCGUUGUAAUGCACUUUGGACACAAAGGGCUUUAGAAGGAGUAUGGUAUCUCGCAGUGUGCCUUGUCUAUAAUUCCUUUCAAUAAAGCCUAAUCUCCUUUCUGGAAUAAACCUUAAGAUUAUUUUGUGCUUGCGUUGCUUUCAGAUCUUAAUAUCACCACAACUACCCAAAUUUUAGAACUUGCUUUAGAAUUUGCGUCAAA